AAGCGACAACAAACCCUAAUUUCCAUCCGGCUGUGGGUCGAAUGGCGACUGCAACGCCUCGACGUGUUUUCGUUGAGAUUCCGUUUGAUUCGGUUCGGAGAAAUGCAUCUCAGGCUUCUACUCCGCUGCGUUUGACAUCACCGCUGAAACGGAAAGUCGAUGUCUUCGGUAUCACUAACGAGAAUUUAGUGAGCGGUUCACCAAAUUUUGCAAAACUCCCCAGCCAACCUGCAACAAAGAAGACCCGGCUUGAUGCGCCCCCUGCUAAAAAGCGUGCGAUUGACGCGCUUGACGCGUCCAAUGAGGCAAAGAAACGCCGCUCUACUCGCCCGAAAACGGUUUUAAGCCCGUCAUGUCCUCGUUGGAUGCCUAUGAACAAGUCCCUAAGCAGGGAGGCUGUUGAGGACCGCAUCCAGAUCAGGGAAUUUUGUUAUCGCUUCUCUCGGGUUCUAGGGUUAACUAAGAAGCAUGUUGAAUCACUGGACUACUUUGAUACGUUCUCGGACCAAACCUGUAAAGCGAUCGUGAUCAGCCUUGUCACUCUAAUCUCGCGAGACGAAUCUGAUCGUGAAGCCAACUCAAUUUUUAGAAACGUCUUGAAAACCAUCAAGUCACCCCGCGCGAAUCUUGAAGAUGUAUGGCGUGCGGUAGAAUCGCUUAAGGACAUCCUUUAUUCACACCUAGAGACCCCUGCCCCAGUGUCUGCCCAAUUAAUUGAGCGCACAAGGCUAACUCGCCGCAGCGGCGAGACUCUUAUAGAUUCUUCACAGCUGAUACCUGUGAUAUUAUCCCUUAUUGAAGAGACGGUGAAGACUCGGUUUAUCCGCCAAGAAUUCGAUGAUGGGAUGGAGAAAGUAGCAGAAGUCAACAAGAAGAAGGCUACUGAGUUGAAGAACAUCGCAGAACGCUGGAGUGUCACCCGGCAGGAAUUACGCAAAGCGAUUGAACAAGCGCCCAAACCUGAGCGAGGGAAUCUAAGUGAAAAAUUGACGGUCGCCAGAGGGAAACAUAAGACCGAGUUGCUUCAAUCACGAGUGUCUCAUGCAACUGGACUUCAGGCUUGCAGACUUCGGUAUCAGCCUCUGGGUGUGGACUCAUCGGGGCGAAUCUAUCACGCUCUAUCUCAUCCCAACAACCCUGCAACGGGUCCGAGGCGCAGUCGAGCCUCAUUAUCGCACCGCACUCGUGAAUCGAUGAAGAAUUGGGCAUACUUCGUUUUCGUAUGGGGGAAAAGGCCAGAAGAUGCGCAUCGUAGUGCUGAAGACGAUGAAGAUGAAGAUGAAAAUGAGUCAGAACGAUGGUGGAUUUUCUCCGAUGCCGCAUCAAUUCGACAGCUUGCGGAUUGGCUUUCGUGCACCUCCAUUCCUCCCGAUACUGCAUCCUCUACCGCUGUCUCGUCUGCCACUGGUUUUGCUAGGAACACCCCCAGAUCUUCGGAAUUGCAGGAUCCUGAUAAUGGGGGAGAUGACACGACUGAAACCAAGAAUUCGGAUCGACGUAUUCCUCCCCAUAUACGCGACUUGUGCAAGGACCUCAACGAGUUCGCCGACUUUCUGGAUGUGUGUUUUCCUCCUGAAAAGUAGGGAAGCACUUCCACGGACACGAGAUCAAACUAGCGAAGACGAAAACGCUUUAGAUACAGCUUCAUAUGUAUCUCCCAUUUACUUUACUCCUCCAUUCAGAUACCAUCGUGCCUUAUUGGCCCUGGCCGUUGUUGCACCCUCCACUCCACGUGGGCACAGUUUUAGCCUUACGAGUAUAAUUUUUUUCGUUAUUUUAUCCACCCAUAUACAUUUCACGACUUGUCGAUAUGACCACAGAUUUGUGAAAUGAUUCGAAAACCAGUGCUUAUGUCGGAGAUGCGAAAAGUUCAGU